UCAUUCCAAACUCGAUAUACGAAACUACACCUAAUACAACAUAUUCGGAUUACAUAAGAAUGUUACAACACAAAUUCAAAUUUACUAGAGAAAAGGCAGUAGAAAAUAUUCUAAAAUCUAAGGAACAUUCAAAAGCUUACUACGACAAUCACACUAAACCGCCGCCCAAUUACAAGGUUGGCGACCUAGUUUAUCUUAAGAAUCAUUUACGACUAAGGAAAGCCUUAUCUCCCAUUUGGAAAGGACCAUAUAAAAUCAUAUCGGUUCAUAAUAAUAACACUGUCACUCUUCUUAUAAAUCGACGUCAUGUGACACACCAUUUCGAUGAAAUAAAACCUGCUGAAGUUUCAUCCGAUGAGCAACACUAAUUCAUAUUUCAUUCUAUCUUUCAGCAUUCCAAUCGAUGCACGAUCGGACUUUGUCAAGCCUUAUCCUUCAAACGCUGGUAUCUACUUCGAUAGCCUGGGAAAACUUAAAAUAAUUAAGAGUAAUUUAAACGUAAUUAGUUAUGUAGAUAUAUCUUUCAUAAAACCUCAUCUUACUAAUUUGAAUGAAAUCAUAGGUACAUUAAGGUUUAACUGUCAAAAAUUUAACUUAACUUCUUGUGAAAACACGCUAUCUCCUUUAACAGCUCGUUUUACAGACGUUCAACGAGAAUAUGAUUCUAUUUAUCAUCUUAUUUCAAAGCGAUACAAACGUAAUGCAUGGUUUGGCGGUAUAGGUACAGUAUUUAAGCACGUUUUCGGCACGCUUGAUGAAGACGACGCUCUUAAAUACGAUUCUGCUAUAGAAUCUAUACAAAAUAAUCAAAAGAAAAUGGCAACAUUAAUAAAAGAAAAUAUCUUAGUUACUACUUCUACCUUAGAGUCCUAUAAAAAUAUUAUAAACAAAUUAAAAACCAAUCAAGAAAUCAUUAAUGAAUCAUUAAUAUCAUUCCUUAAACAAAUAACAAAUAUCACAGAAAUUACAAACAAUUUAAUCAUAGAAACAAAAGUCCAUUCCAUACUUACCAACCUUGAAAGCUCUUUGCUUACAUUAUCGUUUCAACUCGAAGACUUGAUAAACGCAAUUAUACUCAGUAGUCAAAACAUCCUACAUCCUAACAUUGUAACGCCUGCCCAACUAUACCGUGAACUCGCCGAUAACGAUAGGCACCUACCACGGGACACUGGGAUUCCUAUAUCAUUAAGCCUAGAUAAUAUUCAUUUAAUUUUAAGUAUAUCUAAUGUUGCAUGUUAUUAUUUUAAGAAUAAACUUGUAUUUGUUUUGCAAGUGCCCCUCGUUACCAAUGAGGAAUUCAAUUUAUAUCAUACUUUGGCUCUGCCUACUCCUCAUAGAGUGGAUAACCCAAAUAGUUAUAGUUUAAUCUCUCCUACUAGUUCGUAUAUUGCUAUUUCUAAUAGUAAACAAUUAUAUUGUAAUUUAGAUAGUUUACGUAAGUGUAAGACCAUAUACUCUGAGUUCUUUUUAUGCGAAGUACCGGUAAUCUCGACGACAAGUGAUAACCCGAUAUGCGAAAGUGAACUAUUAACGAAAACUGUUAAUGCUAUUCCCAAACGGUGUGUUACCAAAACCAUAUUCGGCGAGCUAGACAUUUGGCAACCACUAAUAAACAAUCGGUGGAUUUUCGUGCAGUCUCGUCCGAAUAAAGUGUCUAUCGAGUGUGGUGUUUCAGAAAUGCGUGAGAUUAUAGUGUCCGGUACGGGUAUUUUAGAUACCCCAAAACAGUGCACAAUCUAUACAAAAAGUGUAAGACUGAUAACUUCAGAUGACUCUUAUAAUAUAAGUAUACCUAGCCCUAUACUAGAUUUUAAUAUUAUCAAUGACUCAUGUUGUCAAAUCAAUUAUAACUCGAUUAAUAAUAAUACGUCCCCUAUUCUUUUCCAAAAUAUCGAUUUAGACGAUUUAACAUCUAAUGUAAACAAACAUAAAGAAAUAUUCGCGGAAUUAGAUAAGAUCAUAGAUGACAAACCAUUUAUUACUAAAUACGGGACGCAUUAUUCAAUACUUACCUUUAUAAUUUUGUUAAUUGUAAUUUCUUUUAUAAUAUACAUCUUAAUUAAAAUUAUAUUAAAAUAUAAGAAUGCAUUUGUUAUCAAUAGAAACAAUGUAAACAUUGAUAACGAUACUCACGUCGAGAACGACAACGCUUCGCUGCAUUCUAUCGCUUCUAUCCCAUUACCGCGACUUAGGGAAGUAGUAUAACCUUUCCGAAUUUCGGUAAUUAACCCCAAAUUUCGGUCUUAUGCGGGGGGUUGUUAUACCCUAUUUUAAUACUGCAACCCCAUGUAGAGGGUGCUAUGUCAGCAAAUUAUAAUAAUAUAAAUAUACGUCGGAUUCGCCCGCGCGGGCAGUCUGUUGUCAUUCUCGACACAUAUCGGUACUAUUU